UGAAUUUGUAGAGACAAUAGAAAACCCCAUUUUUUUUACUGAUAUUAAAAAAAUGAAAUCGAAUAACAGCUUUAGAUCGGCUUUGAAUUGUUAUAUAAAACAUCCUGAAAAAUAUCCAAAUGAUGUUCUAUAUUAUGAUUCGGAUUUUACAGUAGUUUACGAUAAAUAUCCAAAAGCUCAAGUUCAUUUACUAGUUUUACCAAGAGACCUGAUAAAAACAACUCAGUCGCCAUUUUUAGUAUUUAAUUAUAAAAACGAUCCUGAUAAGGUUUUUCAAAAUCAGUUACUACUUUGCAUUGAAAAAACAAAACCAAUUGCAAUUCAACAGUUGGUUAUAAAAUUUCCAUUCCUAAUUCAGCAGUCUCUAAAUUUUGAUGAAUACUUUAAAGUUGGUUUUCAUGCAAUUCCUUCCUUAAGCAAUUUGCACGUUCAUGUAAUUUCAAAGGAUAAUUUGAGUGAAAGAUUGAAAACAAAAAAACAUUAUAUUUCAUUUAAUUCUCCGUUUUUAUUAAAUUUAUACGAUUUGAUAAAGAAUAAUGCACUUAAUCAAAGGGACAUUAACUCUGACGAAUUUUUCAAUAUUGCAAAAGAGAUGAAAAAAAUAAUGGCACAAGAUAUGAAAUGUUGGAAAUGUGGUUUGAAUUUUCGUAAUGAUUUCAAAAAAUUAAAGGAUCAUUUGGUAAUAGAAGCUAAUGCUAUUUAUAAAGAAGAUAGAGAGAAAAUUAAAUCAUAGAAUUAAGAACAUUAUUAAAUUUUAUUUUUUUAUAUUUGCAUAAAAUUCUUUUUUUUUCGCACUAUUUUUAAAAACUUGUUUCUGUAAUAUUCUGU